UACUGGGGCGAUUGAGUGCAGCGAGCAGCCCAGGAUGGGGCCGCUAGCUGGGUCCUGGCGAAAGCAGGGCAGAGUGUCUGGAGCCCUUUCACCGGAACUGAGCAUUCUAGAAGCCAGAGAACUCAGGCUGCAGGAAACGAAAGCAAAAGGGCUGGCGAGUAGUCAGUGCGCCUCGGAGAGGCGACUGGAAGGCCAUCUCUGACUUGUUUUGUUUUUCCCAUUCUUGAAGACAGUGUCCUGGGCCAGCCCCUCCCACCAACUGCUGCUAUAGUAUUGCUCAGAAGCUCUUAGCCACGCCCACCUGCCCUCCUAGGCACCAGAAAGGGAGGGCGCCCGGGCAGUGGGAGGGGUGGAGCAGGCUUUCCCUAGGGAAUGUGCCAAACUUUCCCACUGUGAGUCUGGCUCUGAGUGUAGUUACGAUUGCACGCUGGGAAAAUGUAGUGGGAACAACGGCCCCGCCUCCUGGGCUCCGCCCACCGUACUCAGUCCUCUCUGGCCUGUCUCUUUCCUGGUUCCCAACCGCGCCAGGUGACACGCAGAACUGACACUAUGGUACAUCAGGUGCUCUACCGGGCGCUGGUCUCCACCAAGUGGCUGGCGGAAUCCAUUCGGUCCGGCCGCCUGGGGCCCGGCCUUCGGGUGCUGGACGCGUCAUGGUACUCACCCGGGACCCGCCAGGCACGCAAAGAGUACCAGGAGCGACACGUGCCUGGCGCGUCCUUCUUUGAUAUAGAGGAAUGCCGGGACACGACUUCGCCUUAUGAGAUGAUGCUGCCCAGUGAGGCCCACUUUGGGGACUAUGUGGGCAACCUGGGCAUAAGCAACGACACACACGUGGUGGUAUACGAUGGAGAUGACCUGGGCAGCUUCUAUGCACCCAGAGUCUGGUGGAUGUUUCGAGUGUUUGGCCACCGCACAGUGUCAGUGCUCAAUGGUGGCUUCCGGAACUGGCUGAAGGAGGGCCACCCGGUGACAUCUGAGCCCUCGCGGCCAGAGCCAGCCGUUUUCAAAGCCACACUGAACCCUUCCCUGUUCAAGACCUAUGAGCAGGUCCUGGAGAAUCUCCAGUCUAAAAGGUUCCAGCUGGUGGAUUCUCGAGCCCAAGGAAGGUACCUGGGCACAGAGCCGGAGCCGGAUAUAGUAGGACUGGACUCGGGCCACAUCCGUGGCUCAGUCAACAUGCCCUUCAUGGACUUCCUGACGAAAGACGGCUUCGAGAAGAGCCCAGAGGAGCUGCGUGCCAUAUUUCAGGACAAGAAGGUGGACCUCUCCCAGCCCCUCAUUGCCACGUGCCGCAAGGGGGUCACUGCCUGCCACAUUGCCCUGGCUGCCUACCUUUGCGGCAAACCCGAUGUGGCUGUUUACGAUGGCUCCUGGUCAGAGUGGUUCCGCAGGGCACCCCCGGAGACCCGCGUGUCCCAGGGGAAGAGUGGGAAGGCUUGAGUGUGUGCAGCCUCCUCCUCUGCCCACCCAAUCCAGUCGGUUCCCUUCAGGGAGGCUGGUGUGACCUGCUGUGGGUUCACCUCUUAGGCUAUGGAGAUUGACAGGGUUUUAGAAUUGCUCUUGGUGCCUCCCUCCCUCCCUCCCUCUACACUGGAAUAAAGUGCCUUUUCUCAGAA